AUGGUGCACGAGGAGGAAGAUGACCUCGAAGAACGCCUCAUCAAUGAGGAAUACAAGACGUGGAAGAAGAACAGCCCAUUCCUCUAUGACAUGAUCCUCGGUACCGCUUUGACUUGGCCUACUCUCACGGUUCAGUGGUUCCCCGACGUCAAGGAACCAGAGGGCAAAAACUACCGCAUGCACCGCCUCCUGCUCGGUACCCAUACCUCUGACGACAGUGCCAACUUUCUCCAGAUCGCCGACGUCCAGAUACCAAAAGCCGUGGCGCCUAACCCCGACCACUACGACGAGGAACGAGGCGAGAUUGGCGGCUAUGGAAAGGCAGGCGAUGUUGCUGCUCUCAAGUGCGACAUUGUGCAGAGAAUUGAGCAUCCCGGCGAAGUCAACAAGGCCCGCUAUCAACCUCAAAACCCAAACAUCAUUGCCACUCUUUGCGUUGAUGGCAAGAUCCUCAUCUUCGACCGGACGAAGCAUCCUCUGCAGCCAGCAACGCUGGGCAAAGUAAAUGCGCAGAUUGAGCUGAUCGGCCACAAGGCGGAGGGGUUUGGCCUCAAUUGGAACCCGCACGAGGAGGGCUGUUUGGUGUCGGGUAGCGAAGACAAGACCAUGUGUCUCUGGGACCUGAAAACUCUGGAGGCAGAUUCGCGGAUACUGCGACCUGCCCGCAGAUACACACACCACACCCAAGUUGUCAAUGAUGUUCAAUACCAUCCCAUCUCAAAGAACUUCAUUGGCUCUGUCUCAGACGAUCAGACUCUGCAGAUUGUUGAUUUGCGAUCUGCCGAGACCAACAAGGCCGCUCUUGUGGCAACGCGUGGCCACCUGGAUGCCAUCAACGCGCUGGCCUUCAAUCCCAAGUCCGAAGUUCUCGUUGCCACAGCCUCCGCCGACAAGACGAUUGGCAUCUGGGAUCUACGAAACGUCAAAGACAAGGUGCACACUCUCGAGGGCCACAACGACGCGGUAACAUCCCUUGCCUGGCAUCCCACCGAAGCCGGCAUUCUGGGAAGCGGCAGCUAUGAUCGGAGAAUCAUCUUCUGGGACCUGUCCCGCGUUGGCGAAGAGCAGUUGCCUGAUGACCUGGAUGACGGCCCGCCUGAAUUGCUCUUCAUGCACGGCGGCCACACAAAUCAUCUUGCCGACUUCAGCUGGAAUCCCAACGAGCCUUGGUUGGUUGCCAGCGCCGCCGAAGACAACUUGCUACAGAUCUGGAAAGUCGCAGAGUCCAUUGUUGGCAAGGAUGAUGGCGACUUGCCGGUCGAUGAGCUUGACCGAUAG